GAUUGCAAAGAUGACAUUGAUCAGAAGAUUGUAAACAAAACAUUUAACUUUACCCUUGGAUAAUCAAGUUAUGGGUUACUUACUUUGUGGGUGAUAACCACACUUUUAACUGACAUAAUGAUAAGAGCAUUUCUCAUGGCUUCAUCAAGGAAAGGCGGCCUUCCUCAAAGACCCAAAUCUACAUUACCCGGUCGAACAGGAAAGAUACAAGCAAGGCUGUUAACAACAGGAAGCAGCCCAGUGUAUAAAGCACCAGAAAAUACACUUGUUGAUGGAGUCAGUAACCUAUCGCUAAACAACAAGAAAGGGAGAAUAUUGGAGGCCAAGCUAAGUGUCAAAAACAAAUCAGGCAGACAAAGACCAUAUUCUUCUACAGGAGGGAAAAUUACAUCCUUCAAAUCAGAUCUUGAUGUUGUUAAAUUCAUAAAAUUUGGUCAGGCCCAGAAAAUUGUGGUAUGUGCAGGGGCUGGUAUAAGUACAGCCAGUGGCAUUCCAGAUUUCAGAACACCUGGCUCUGGAUUAUAUGACAAUUUACAGCAAUACAAUAUCCCGUACCCAGAAGCCAUCUUUGAUAUUGACUACUUUCACCAUGACCCUAAGCCGUUCUUUUGUCUAGCCAAAGAGCUGUAUCCAUCCGGCAAAUAUCGACCGAAUUAUACGCAUUACUUUAUGAGGAUGCUACAUGACAAGGGGCAACUACUUCGGAUAUACACACAGAACAUUGACGGUCUGGAAAGAUUGGCUGGUAUCCCUCCACAUAAACUUGUUGAGGCUCAUGGAACAUUCUCUACAGCAAUCUGCACUAUCUGUAAUCAGAAGCAUGAAGGAGAAGAAAUCAAGGAUGCCAUAUUUUUAAACAAAAUACCAAAGUGUAAACGGAAAGGCUGUCCGGGGGUUGUGAAGCCAGAUAUAGUGUUUUUUGGUGAAGAUUUACCCAGACGGUUCUAUCUGUACCUCAAGGACAUGCUACAGGCAGAUUUGGUCCUUGUCAUGGGAACUUCUCUAGAGGUACAACCGUUUGCUGGCAUUAUUGACCUUAUAAGGUAUAAUGUGCCCAGGAUAUUGUUCAACAUGGAGCCUGUCGGACCCUUCAGACACCGCAAAAGAGCUCAUGACUUUGUGAACACAGGUGACCUGACAGAAAGUGUGCGUAAAUUUGUCUCUCGUCUGGAGUGGGAGGAAGAAGUGUCAGAGUUGAUUUCUAAGUGUGAAGAUCAACAGAAGUGCUGGGUAGGUGGAAGUAAUAAAAACAACCCUUCCUCAGAGGAUCAGAAGGACAGUUCCACACAGGAAACAAGCUCACCUAAGGGAAGUAACCACAGCUCCAGCGCAUCCAAGGGAGGUAACCUUGCAACCACAAUCAAUCCCACUGAUAUCAGUCCUCCAAGACGCCAUCUCCACACAAUGAACUCUGCGAAAUCAGAAGGGCAGAAGCCUAACGUAUGUUUUAACCAGAGACGGAUUUCCAGCACAGGAAGAGCAAGAACAGCUUUAUUGCCGAGGCUUGGAGGUUCCCAUAAAAGUAAAGAGUAUCAGUGGAAGGGGUACAGAGCCCAGAAAGAGGACAGUAGCAGCAGUAGUACUGAGGAGACAUCAGAAAGCAGUUCCGAGGAAGAUUCCAGAUAAUGACAGUUGCACAUAGAUAAUGAUGUGUAUACAUUGUACAUAAAUAAUGACACAUGCAUAAUGACAAUUCUAAUGUAACACCUAACAAUGACACUUGCGUAUACUUUAAUGACAUCUGUACAUGGAUAAUGACAGUGUGUCGCAGUAAAAACAUGAAUAGCAUAGUUCACAAAGGUGCACAUAUUAGUAGUGAACACUUUACAUGAGAUAAUAAGAAAGACAUCCUUCUGGGUAAUGACAUUUGAAGUAUUCUUCAGAUAAUGGCAGUGUUACAAAUAUUCCAAGGCGAAGACUAACUAAUGCCAUGAAAAUCCUCCAAGGGAGGAGUGGGCUUGUUCUCUCUGUUUCAUGUAGUUUAAAUUUCAAAUUAAUUAUUCUACUUAAUUUUGACCAUAUUUAUAGAUAUCCAUUCAAGAUGCAAGGCUAUUCAAUCUUUUAAGCUGAUAUUCUGAGCAUGAGGUGAUUCUAUACAUAGGGUGAUCUGAGGUGUAAAAUAUAAUAAUGUAGUGCUGGAGACCAGAGGCUGUUGGCCAAUUAAACCACACCUCAGAAAGCAGUAUCAUUGAUGGAUUUAUGCCUGCAGUAUCGUCAGAUACCUCUAGACAGGUUUCUGCCGUUAAAGCUGUGCUUGACUUCUUCCACCCAAAACUGACUGCCAUCAUAAUAAGUAAAAGGCUGUUUAAAAUGGUCUCUUCCAUGUGUCUCUGGUUUGGAUAAAGCUUCACAUAAAGGGGUUUGUCAGAAACCUGGGUGUGCAUUUCCUUGGGAAAACCUGUUUUCCCUAACCCUUAAGCCCAACUAAUGUCUCUUUUAUUUAGGUGAAUAAUAACUGAUUACAACAUAAUUAAACAGAUACCUAAAUAAAUAGACAGACAUCAGUUAGAUAAAUAAUUUUAUAGUACAAUCUUAUGCUGCUGGUCCAGAAUGUGAACAUAAGACAUGCAUUAAUGAACCAGCAAUAACUUAUUGUGUAACAUUUCUACUUGUGUGUAGCUAAUAUACCUGAGACUCAGUACAAAAAAUGGCAUUAAAAGAGUGCAUAUUUUUAGGGAAUUUUAAUGUCUCCUGUUGGUAAUGUCAAAUUGGGCAGUGUAAAAUACCUCUUAUGGUAAAAGUACCUACCUGUAUGAAAAGUGUGUCUAUAGGUAAUGUAACAUCAUAGCAUUGUUCUUCUUUCUCUUCUGCUCUCAAUGGCUCUCAUAAAGAAAAUGUCUAUGGAACUAAGUGUUAUGAUGGAACUGCCACUUUAUGCAGAAUAGUGUUUGUUUAUUGGACAUAUCUGAAACACUUCUGCAGAAAAUGGAAAUCAUGAAAAAGUUAUUAUAAUAAAAAACAUAUGAAUUGAUUUGGUGCAAAUGUGAAUAAUUAAAACUACACAGUAUUACUUUGUUAAGAAAAACAAAGAAAGACACUUUCGUUUCUGAGGAGGGUAUGGGAGGGGGAACUGUCUUCAAUAUGAUUUGACAGGGAUCAUAUUCCCAUGACAUUCAUUGCCAAAUAAACGCCUCUAACUUAAUUAAAUUCUCAACGGUUUGGUUUUACUUGAAGUUUGUUGAUGUUUUUGGUUGGUGUAUGUAGGAAUAUUGUAAUGGGGUAAAUGGCUGUUUUCCUUUAAACAAGCUAUUAAACUUGCAUGAAAAGAGGCUCUUACAGAAAGUAGUGUUGUACAUGUAAAAAAAUGCAGUAAGAAUGCUUCUUCAAAUUGAUAAUAUUAAAUUCCAUAAGCCUGGUUUCAACACCAAGAACUCAUUGCCUCGUGUGACGUUAUACUUAUUAAAAAACUAGGUGCAUGCUGGACAAUGUAAUAUGCUUUUAAAUUUC